CUAGCAUCUUCAUGUUCUUUCUCAGGAUCACGAUACAAGAACAAAAAAAAUGACUGAUGCAAGAAGUGCAGCCGAGUCUUCUCCAUCCUCCUCGUCCAACGAGAAGGACGUCACAAGAACAACCGCCUACUACCACAUCCUUUACGAGCAUGUUAAGGGAUGGACAUCAGAGUGGCUCUCCCAGACUCCAGAGGUUUGGUUUGGCGCUUCCCAGAAAAGGAAUCGGAAGUUUUACCAAAACCUCAAUACGACUUGGGGUCUGAAGUCAUUGGUUGCGAAACUGGGGGACGAGGCGGAUCGGAGGGAAGUAGCAGUGGCAGAAGAAAGAAGGUGUGCUCGGACUACAGCUACGACUACCAGGGGUUGUAGAAGUGCCGGAUUAUGCGAAGACCCUGACAGCGAGGAUACGUCCACCGCGAGAGCAACAAGUUGUAUUGAGACUCUCCUCACCCAACUGGUGGCUUCAACAAAACACGGCAACUUCGUCCUCUUGAAACAGCUCUUGGCCUUAGCAUGUUUUCUAGAUCAACAGCCUAGAAAUGAACGAGGUCAUCAUCUUCAACCUGGAGUAGAACUACAGCACUCUGUUGGAGGAGAUGCAGAUGCAGAUGUUGUUGAUAAACAUGAAGGAGCAUCGCGAUUAAUACAACCCAUACCGUCUCUCGACUUCUGGGAAAAUUUAUCCCAAUCAUGCGGAAGGGCACUGAGGGACGACUUUCUCUCGAAAAAUCAAGAUGAAGAUGAUCAUGAUUUUGAUGUAAUGGAUUACUUCAUGGAUUUAUUCCUAUUCGUCGACAACGAUGCACUUGCGCAGGGAAAUGGACAGGAUGAAACUACAGAUAAAGAGCAACAAGUAGAGCAGUUUCAUUUGCUGCUCAUUUUUCUGACGGUGAACUGGCGACAUUCGAGGUGCCUGAAGGCGACACGAUUGGCAGACAAGUUUAUCUUUCAAUAUGUGUUGGCCAUGCAGGCCGCAUCGACAUCAACUACUUGGUCAACCUCAUCUGAGAUCAAGUGUCACAAAUUUGCCCUUCGUGUUUACGAAGAAAAUUCCAGAGCCUUAGCAAGAUUGCGGGAUAUGGAAUUUGUGGAGCAAGCACUGUCCGACGCUACGUUUCCGAUUUUGGAGGACUACCGCGUUGGAUGUGGAGGCGCAAGUCCAAGUGGCACUGAAGGAUUUGCAGGACGAGGGCCUUUUCUGCACGACGGAGACUAUUCUAAAACUUUAGCACCCAAAACUUUGCCUUGGUUGAGCAGUGACUUUUUGGUUGCGGACCACGACCAGAGAGAGCGAUACGCACGACCCGCUUGGAGGAAGCCAGAAGCUGAACCAUUACUGCGGAGCCUGUUGGAUAAGCUCGAAGACGUUAACAACUCUUCCCAAGACGGUCGUCCUCGUCAGUGUUUACUGUCCUUCUCGGCUGGCGUCGAUUCAACAGCGUGUGCCUGUCUACUGUCAGCGUUCCAAGAGAUGAGUGCUUGGGCAUGCCUUUAUCUCCAAUACCCGAAUCGUGGAGAGCUAGAAGCUGCAGCCGAACUAUCCUGGGUUCGAGCUGCCUGUAGGAAGCUGAAAGCCCCAUUGUUUUGGUUUCGUAUGGACUUGCUGAGACCACAUCAAGAACAAGUAGUCCAAGUUCAACAAGAGGAAGACGCUGGAGAUGAAAAGGAACAUGUGGCCAAUGCAGCUUUUCCUGGAGGAGUUUCUUGUGAAAUUUCUGGUUUGUCACGUGAAGAGUAUGAGAAAUACACCAGAGAUAUUCGAUUCCACAUGUAUAGACAAGCUUGGAAAUUGUUCAUCGAAGGAAGAAAGGAUGGAUGCGAGUCUGGCCGCCAAAAGGAACAAGAAGGAGACCAAGACAGAGGUCAUCACGAUCAAGAUCAAGAUCAAGAUAAUCUUCCCUGCAUCCUCCUCGGGCACCAUGAAGACGACUGCGAUGAAAACAGGAUUGAAAAUCUGACAAGAGGCCAUCUCUUAUGCCGCGAUCACGGAGGUGCAGACGGCAUGGUCGUAUCAAGGGUUCUUGGUGGUGUACGGCUAUGGCGACCUUACGUCACCGGGACUCGCAAACAGGAAUUUUUAGACCUAUUGGAAGCACUGAAGUUUCCUUAUCUGCGGGAUUCCACACCUGCUUGGUCAGUAAGGGGUGUGAUUCGGAAAACGUUGGAUGCGAUUGUGAAGGUAGAAGCUAAAGACCAUGCAGGAAGUAGUCGUUUUUCUUCGCCCGACAGAAUUACAAAACAUCGAGAAGAGGAACAGGAUAUUACGAGUAAUAUUCUUGUCGGUAGUUCUCCGUCAACGACUGCGGAAACCACGCCAAGUUCGCUGCUAAAAAGAAGCCCUGAGCAAGAUCGUGUCGUAGGUCGUGAUCAUUCUUGCUCCAAUACUGGCAUCCGGAGCCCUGAGCAAGUCGUAGGUCGUGAUCAUUCUUGCUCCAAUACUGGCAUCCGCAGCCUCUUGUCCCAAUACAGUGGCCUUUCCGCGACUCUUGCUUCUCGGCUAAAAACUCUAGAGAACGAAUGCUGCAACCCAAAAAUGUGUAUGCUUUCUAUUCCUGCGAAGAGUAGCGCGAAAAUUAGAGUCUUCCUUCUCGACUUGUCACGCUUACGGAGUCGCUUUCGUGACACCGACUGUGCUUCGCCGAUGGUCAUACUGCGCAAGGUCGUCUCUGCAAUUGCGAAGAAGUGGAACAGCCAACUUGAUGAACAACAGACAGCGGCUACUGCCCCUACUGAGUCGAGCAUGACUGAAGAAAUGUUGCGGAUUAAGAUUUUUGAGAAUGACUCUCCUGUCGGAAGACGAAGUAGAGACGACCGCAUGAUGAAAGUAGAGCAGGAGCAAGAAGACAACGACCUUUCCCAUCUGUUGCAUCAGAUUGUCUGCCGUGGAGCGGUUAUGCUAGACGACGAGGUACCCGUGACGCCAUUGCUAUCUUGUCCACCAUCUCUUCUUGCUUCUCAGAAGAAUACUCCGAGAAUAAAAGUGCGAAGAGGAGUGCAUCUUCAGGCGCAUCCUGAACCGCAGCAGGAAAGGCCUGAUGGUGAAAUAAAGCCUGCUCAAGGGGAACAACGGGAAAGGCCUGAUGGUGAAAUAAAGCCUGCUCAAGGGCGGGAACAAUCGCAAGCCUCUCCUGCUCAAGGGGAACAAUCCUCUUCUAGAAAUCAUGCUCAAGGGGAACAACGGGAACAAUCGCAAGCCUCUAGAAGAAACUCACUGAUCCUGAACAAAAAAGCCGUGCAGCAUAUGUGGCAGAACAUCCGAGAUUCGAAGAAGCCAGUUUCUGGUGGUGGUCUGGUUGAAGGACUGGGGUACUUGCACUGCAAGCAAGGCGAAGGACCACAAGGAGGUUUAGGUUUGGAAUUUGUGAUUCUUUACAAGGGCGAUCUGAAAGACCGAAGGGCUGAUAUUGUGAAAUAUGCGAAGCAGCAUCUUGAUUCUAUUGCUGGAUGAAGGCUUUUGAAGGUAGCGCACUCAGGACUAGUACUUACUCCAAGAAUCAUAUAAUUGACGACUCGAGGACUUUACCGUUAGUAUUCCAUUUCCAAAGACCUCCGUGAUGACCUCUGAUCCUCAUUCCUCACUCCCACUAGCUUCAAAAAUAAGGGGUGCUACAGGUAAUUGAAGGCGCACCACAGUAGUACUGAUACCAGCUAUCGACCUUAUGAACGCGGUGGUGUUUC